CAAUGAUCCGACCCAAAUUGCUAAAAUUACCGCCAUGAUGAGAGAUAAUGAUAAAAAUCAGCAGGCCACUCGUUUAGCCUUGAAAAAAAAUGAAGAGGAAGCCAAAAAGCAAUCUAAAUUAUUGGAGGAAUAUUUUAAAUCGGUGGAGCAGGAUAAACCCUGA